AUGGCCACAGCACUGUCCAAGAAGCAACAAAAGGCGCUGCUUUUCCGUCAAAAGCAAAAAGCAAAGAAAACAGGCGAAGCCAUCCCUGGAGAUGUGCCCGAGGAGGACGUCGAGCCCGGAGAUGAUGAUGAUGCGGCCAUCGCGCUCAAGAAGGGCGACACGGCCGGCGAGUCGUCGGCGACAGGAGCAGGGAAGAAGCGCAAGAGGGCUGUAGAGGAGAAGGAAGAGGAGGCGGAGGACCUGACGGACGGGCUGAAGGGCAAGGUUAAGAAUGUCGGAAAGGGCAAAGGGAAGGCUUGGGAGGAUGAAGGGGAGGAUGGGGAGCGGAGCGCCAAGAAGAGCAAGAAGGAGAUCAAGCAGCGGUUUAUAUUGUUCCUUGGCAAUCUUGGGUUCAAGACCACUGUUCCAGAAAUACAGGCGCAUUUCCAGGAAGCUAUAGGCCAUCCACCAAAAGUCCGUCUCCUCACGACCAAGUCCGACCGAGCCGGCCAGCCCGAAAAGUCACGGGGUAUCGCCUUCCUCGAUGUCCCCUCUUCCGACGCCAUGCAAGCCGCUCUGAAGCUACACCACACUCAGCUCGCCGGCCGGCGGAUCAACGUCGAACUCACCGCGGGCGGAGGGGGAAAGAGCGAGGCUCGCACAAAGAAGGUGGCCGAGCGGAAUGAGCGGGUGGGCGUCCAGCGGGUCAGGCGGGAAGAGAAGGAGCGGGAGGCGGGUAUCAAGGAGGGAGUGGCGGUGGAGCAUGCGCCAAGAGUGUGGGGAGAGGCGCAGGGGAAGGAGGCGAUCAUUGCGCGGGCGAAGGAGGGGAGGAAGCCAAGGGUGACGGAGCCGCCGAAGUUGGAGAAGGCACCAGCCGCGGCCCCAGCGCCAGCGAAGGCAUCACAGGUCGCACCUGCGCCCGCCUCGGCGCCCGCAGACUCCACAGACAAGCCGGCAGUCGCAAAAGCAGCGGAUGGACCCUCGAGCUCGACCGAGUACCAAGACGGGAUGAAGAUUCGAGGUGGUCGACGAGUCAAGGUGAAGGGAGCGCCGCAAGGUGCUUCCGCAUUACAAGGUCGCGUGUCAUGGCAGGACCGCCAGGGCGGACCUCAGCGCGGCGGACCAUCAAAUCGAGGUGGAAAGCGAUGGGAGCCAACGGGCGCAAACGCUCUCUCAGUGGGGUCAUGA